AUGGUGCUGUCACUGGUAGAGGUAUGGAGAGUUCCGGUUGCUACAAGAAGGCCACUAUUUGUCGGAGACGUUCUUAUCGACGCCGGUGCCGAGAACUCCCCUCUCCUUCCUCUCAACUCGGGCUACCUGUCGACCUUAAGUUACCGGAAAAUGAAUGAGCUUGCCGGCGAUAUUUCAUAUUCCGAC